UGCAGCUGUGCUACCCGCCGUCUAGCGAAAUAGAGAAUCAUGUCAGCCUCGUUGCAAAGGUCCUCCGCGCUGCUGCGACCUGUGGUUACUGCCCACGUCAGGCGACUCCAUUCAUCAGUGCCAAAGACAUCUUCUGCCCCUGGGAGCGCAAGCGUACUCAACGCCGAUGAUGGGAAGCUGGGCACGAAGCUGUACCAUGCCGUGAACAUGGUGGUUCUAGCCGGAGUGCCUGCGGCCGUGGCCACGAGCCCAUCCGCCCUUACCAUGCCUCUAGACAUCGUGCUCGGGAUCGCCAUGCCCCUGCACGCACAUAUCGGCAUGAACUACGUUAUCAGCGACUACGUACCGAAGUCAGCUCGGGGGGGCGCGAGGGGUGCCAUGCUUGCGGCAUCGGUACUAGCUACCCUUGGGCUUUUGAAGCUCAACCUUACUGGUGCUGGCCUCACGGAGACACUCAAGGCCACUUGGAGGGGGCCCAAGCCGAAAGAGGAGGGCGCAAAAUAGACACACACACAAUGGAAGACACAACAGGGGCUCCGUUCAGCCACGAAAGAGCUCACUUGAAAGCUGUCAAUGCCGGAGGCCUGUCAUCACACGGCACGUGUGCGUUGGCCUUUGCUGCAGGUCGGCAAUACCAAACCGGGCGCUGUUGUGCAAAGCUGUGGGAGAGUGUAUAGGCCACGCAACAGCACUGUAAAUAUAGGCGUCGGUAGUUUCUGGUAGCUCGACAAACCCGAACAUUUCAUGUUGUUUGACGAGGCAGGUUGUCCGCUGGAAGCCGUCGCCAUUCCUACUUCUGCCGAUGCAGAAGGGAGGUACGUUUUUGGUUCUUGCUCGCUGUCGCUUUCAGUAUUGUCGAUUUGCGUUUGGAGGCGCAGCUCGCUGCUGAUUGUCGGAGUGGGUGUCUCAAUCAAGUCUUUGGUGUGUGCCGCGAGUGUUCCAUUUCGGCGCUAGGGUUAUUUAAGUUGUGCCCUCUUGCAGCUCAGGGGGCCGCCGGCGCAGAGAGCACCUUGCUGU